AUGUCUAGUGCAACUUACAAGCAUAUGCUAGAAUAUGCAAAGAAUAAGAAGAUAUCAGACUUCAUCAAUCUUGAUAAACCUGAUAUCUUCUCUAAACUAGAAGAAUCUCUGAAAUCUGAGUAUUCAGAAGAAGUCACUGCAGAGGCCAAGAUAGCAUAUGAUAUCAAGAUCACUGUGUGA